CACACCGUCGCGGGUUCUCAAGUUCAUUUCAAUCGAAUGUGGUGAGGAGAGGAUCCACAAMGACAUGACUUAGCCGUCUGUUGCUYUCUAGCGGUCUGCCGAAGAACAAAUGAAGCCAUUUGUAGCUAUAUGGAGUGUGAUUGUGUGCCUACAAUGUUUUUGGUUAAUAGGCGAAGCAAGAGGUAGAAGAUAUCAACAACGACCAGUAUGUCAGARAUACAGAGGGACAUUCUGCUCAAAGUAUCUCAAAGGAAAGAAAAUCUACCUWAAGCAAAGCCAACUCGCAGGCGAGAAUCGCAUUAAACAAGUAUAUCGWAUGAUCAAAGAUCGACUCACAGACCGUUGUAUGAAAUACGCUCUUCCAACACUUUGCUAUUCGAUGCUKCCUCCCUGUGACCCUUCGUCGAAAAAGCCAAAGAAGCGAGAAAUUUGCCACGAAGAUUGCUAUGCUUUACAACACGAUGUGUGCAAGUUGGAGUUCAGUUACGCGAAAGCGUAUGGUGGUAAAUACGCGCACAACUGYUCAUCGUUACCAUCUCGAGGUCAACCGGGAUACAAGCAAUGCAUACGAAUAACUAUGAAAGCCAUAUCUCUUAGCGCCACUGUCCAAAACAUCUCAAUGUAUGAAGGUCUAUCAGUCACUUUAAAGUGUAGAUUGAGCACCAAGAAAAUCCCUUUCAAUAUCACAUGGCGGAAAGACGGAGCACCGAUAAGCCCACGUUUCAAAAUCAAGAAAUUUAAGUGGGGGUCCCGGCUUAGRGUUCGUCGCGCACGCGCAGAAGACAGCGGGAAAUACCAGUGUUUCGUUAGGACAUCGGGGAGGACGGUAAAAGCRGUUGGRUGGUUGAAUAUUAGACGAAGAGGAACACGUAUUCCACCUAUCAGUAAUAACGCGGACAAAAUUACYUCAGACCCACCACUCUUUACCAGGGCACCUGACCGCGCCACGAAACAUACCAAACCGAGGCGCAAACAGUACCCUCGCUGYGAGCCAUAUCGAGGCGAGACGUGCGCGGAUUUCAUGGCCGGCGAAMUGGUAUUUGCCUUUACAUCGUACAACGUCAGGAGCAUCGAGAUAGAAUUCAGAGACACUCUUGACGGAAUACGAGCUGCUCCAGAUAUGACGAAAACUUGUCGGAARUAUGCCAUAAAAGCCUUGUGUUAUCACAUCUUCAACUCGUGUGACACGAAAAGAAGCGAAUCAAAGCCGAAGCUKUGCCGAGAAGAUUGCUUUGCUUUAUAUGACAAUGUGUGUGCGACGGAGCUUCAAGUUGCCAAAGCAGACCCAAGAAUUGCAAAACUUUUGCCUAAUUGUUCUCGAUUGCCGACGAGAAAUCAGAAAGACCGCAAGUUUUGCAAAUCACUCGGGAUUUACAAAAAAGGAAUUCCUCCGAUUUGGUCUACAGAAGGAGGAAAUCCUGGCUUUCCGUCAGAAGAGGGAAGUGUUCCUCGAAUUCCACUUAUAUUUGACAAGUUUUUUUUGUCUCAUUUGGACAGAUCCAAAGAUGAAAAUUGCUACAAUGAAACUGGAAGUGACUACCUUGGCAGACAGAACAUUACCAAAUCAGGUCACCCAUGCAAGCGUUGGGGAUUGUAUGACCCAGUGUACAACUUUUCRCAUAAUUUUUGCCGUAACCCUCGCAAUCAYCGAAAAGCYCCAUGGUGUUACGUSAGUGAUACSGAGUACGACUUCUGUGAUUUACGUAAAUGUUCUGAUGUCGUUUCAGUAGCAAACCAACGAACCACCGAUAAACCCAAAUCUGUGAUGUCWGGCAAUCGUACAAUCUACGUUAUAUGCAGCAUCAUGGGGGUUCUGAUCGUGGCCUUCGUCUCUAUUAUUGUSUAUCURAAGAUACAACACMGGAGAAACUCUCUAGCGUACAGAGAUGACUCCUCGUCGGGGUCCAUUUCUAAGAGUACMCAGAGUACCGUACACCAACCUAGUAAUGAYUUUAAGCAGAGUUUGAUGGAUGUAAAGUCUUGCUGCUUCAACGUGAUGGACGACGGCAAUCAAGGUAAAGUUAAAUUCCUGGAGGUUCUCGGUGAAGGUGCCUUUGCGCGAGUCUGUAAAGGAGUCUUGAUGGAUUGCGAACACGAACAAUCGGACAUCGAACUUGCCAUCAAGCGACUGAAGACCAACGUUCCUGACAAAGUCGUUGAGAAUUUCAGAAACGAGACUAACGUUUUAGCAGAUCUUCAGGAUAUCAACGUMCUCUGCCUCGUUGGCGURUCGGUCGUCAAUCCUUACUUCAUGGUUUUUGAAUAUUACGGAGACAUCGACCUCAAUCAAUUCUUAAGGGAUUACACCCCCGUUAAUACGACCGACCAACCGGACAUCGACCCCGACGAGGUGCUUUUACUGGACUUUGCUCUUCAGGUUGCAUCAGGACUUGACUAUUUAGUGGAAAAACACUUUGUUCAUAGAGACGUUGCCUGUCGUAAUUGCUACAUUACCAAAGAAAGAAUCGUCAAAAUUUCAAAUCUUGGAAUUGGCAAUACAAAGUAUCCCCURGAUUACUCAUGGGUUCAYGGCAGUUCGUUACUUCCGGUCCGCUGGAUGGCACCGGAAGCUCUAAAUACUUUACAUUGCACUCACCMGAGYGACAUCUGGUCGUACGGUGUUUUGCUGUGGGAGAUUUAUAGUUUUGGGCUCCAGCCAUAUACRGGGCUUAAUAACCAAGAAGCUAUAGAGCGCAUAAGGAGGAUGGAGCUGUURCCGUGCCCAGACUCCUGCCCUGCGUGUAUUUACGCGCUUAUGAAGGAAUGCUGGGAAGAGAAAACCUGCGACCGACCCAGCUCUAUUGACAUUUGCUCACGCUUAAGGGCCUGGGCAGGAGACUCGAUUGGUGAGAGCCACUAAGAUAUUGUCAGUAUGGUUAUGGUUAUGGAAGACCAAUCAGCGCCCAGUACUUCUCGCCUUUGAAUACCAAAGGAAUCCCGUCAAUAUCACAGUCUUUGAUACUGGUAUUUAUUUAUAUUCYAAGUCCGCGCUUGAUCAGCGCAUGUCACGUGGUUCCAUGUAUGCACUAUGUUUGGAUAUUGCAACACAGACUUCAAGGUYAUGUUCCAAGCUGAAAACAACGUGAUGCGAUCAUGAGUUUAUAUGGAAUGAUUGAAAGAUUGUAACCGACAGCACAUGUGCGCGGAAAGACGUUGAGAACAUGCUUAAUUUACGUCACACAUUAUAUGACGUCACUCAUAAUAUGACGUCACUCAUAAUAUGAUGUCACUCAUAAUAUGACGUCAUAAGUAUGUAUAUAUAUGAUAUAUAUGUAUAUAAAUCGAACUACGCUCGGACCACAUUUGGACAAUGUUCGGGUAUCAGGCUCUGAAACGAUCCUAUAGUCAAAAGGAUACGAGGUCCGUAUCAGACAUCGAACUUCACAUUUGCCAAACGUAACUGAAAAAAAAGAUUUGUGUUCUUUGUUAAAAUGGUUUGGUUAAAAAGAAGAGCUUUUGAAAAUUCUUUUAUUAAUAUUUAUUCAUGUGUACUGAAAAUGUAGAAAAAAUAGAUAUAUUUGUAAAAAUAUAGCAAAGAAGUCAAUAAAACUAAACAAACAUGCAAGUAAACAAAGCAAAAA